AUGGCAAAGAAGAGCAAAGGAGUGAAGAAAAGUGGUAAGAAUAGAAGCUCGAGGAAAAUAAUCGAUGCUUAUCAAAUUGCUGAGAAACAAGAGAGAAAGAACCACCCUCGUGACUUUGAUGACGAUGAAUCAGAUAAUGAUGUUCCAUUUGAAGAAGGUAUAUUAGAUGCAAGAAAGUUUUUAAACGAUGGACAACAAGAUGAGGAUUUACUCGAUGAAGAGAUUGAUUCUGAUGAAGCGUUGGCAAGUGAUGAUGAUUAUGAUGUUUUGAAUAGUAAAUUUUCACAAACGAUACGAGACAAGACAAAGAGAAGGAAGUUAGGACAAGACAGUGAUAGUGAGAGCGAGAUUGAUGUUGAUGAUGAAGAUGCGUAUGAUAGUAUUGAUGAGGGUCAGUUGGUUACUUUGUCAGAAGCCUGGGAUAUGGAUGAUCGUGAUUUUGCUCAAGUAAAAGGAAGUAAGGAGUCGAAUGAAUUAGUGCUUAAUGAUGAGUGGGAGUCCGAGAGCUCGUCCAGUGGAGAUGACGAAAGUGGCGAUGAUGAGGAUGAUGAAGCUGCUGACGAAGUGGAGGAAGAUUGGGGAGAUACCACUAAAGCAUCCACCUCCGAUCUGGAGUCUGAAUCAGAAGAGGAUGAAUCAGAUAGCGAGGAUGUGUUUGCCCAUGAAUCAGACGACGAGGAUGAUGAAGUUGAUCUUGUCAAGACUACGGGAAUGUUGAAAAAGGAACUAGAAUCAUCGAAGCCCAAAGAGCGUAAAAAGUUUGUUGCUGAAACUCGAACUGAAAACGAAUUUAGUGUUCCAUCAAAUGGUCAAAAGUUGUCACUAAGUGAUAUGAUGAAGGAUGUCAGUGGUGUUGAUAAUAUACUUAUUGAUCAAGAUGCUAAAGCAGUAGUUACACCAUUACCUAAACGUAUUCAACAAAGGAAUGAUCGUGGAGCUGCUUAUGAAUUAGCUAAAAAGGAAGUAAGUAAAUGGAGUGAUACAGUGCAACAAAAUAGACAAGCUGAAGUAUUGAAGUUCCCUAUGCAACAACCAGAUCAAAUUAACGAUUCAGCAUUGACAUUCAGAGCAGAUAACCAUACUCCAACAACGAAUCUUGAAAAGAAAGUUAAUGAUUUGCUUACGCAAUCAGCUUUGGUUGAUGAUAAAAAGGAAGCUACAUUUGAAGAAAUUGCUAUGGCUAAAAUGUCACCUGAAGAAAUGCGUAAACGUACCAACGAAUUGAGACUUAUGAGAGAGUUGAUGUUUAGGGAUGAACGUAGAGCCAAGAGGUUAAAAAAGAUCAAGUCAAAACAAUACCACAAGAUUAAAAAGAGAGAAAGGUUGAGAAAUCAAGAGUUGGGUGAUGAGGCAGAAGAUAUUGAUGGUGAAGAAGAAGAUCAUGACAUGGAAAGGGCUAAAGAGAGAAUGAGCUUGAAACACAAGACUCAACUGAAGUGGGCUCAAUCGAUGAUCAAAAGUGGAUUGUCAAAAGAUGUAUCCAAUAGAGAGGAGCUAGAGGAGAUGUUGAGACAAGGUGAACGAUUAAGGGAGAAACAAUUGGGAAGAAAAGGGGGCGAAGACGACGAUGAUGAAGGUUUCUACAGUGAUGACAAUUUAGAUCGUCUUGAACGUGAAUAUGCUAAAGACGGCGAAGAUAUAAAUAGGAGCAAGAUUGGUAAGGGGGUAAUGGCGAUGGAUUUUAUGAAAAAUGCCGAAAAGAGGAAAAAAGAAGAAAACUUGAAACAAAUUGAACACUUGAGACGAUUGGAAAAUGGUGAAGACACUGGUAUCGACUUGUUUGAGGAGGAUAAUGGAUUGGUCAAUGUCAAGAAGAAUACCGGUAGACGAGUAUACAAUGCGGCAGCAAUUGAUGAUACGGAUUUAAAUGAAGAAAUAAGGAACGAAGUUGUAGAUGAUAAUGCAAAAUCACUAGAUGCCAAGAUUAACAAAGUACAGGUUAUUGAGAAGGAAGCUAAAGAUGAUGGAAAAGAUAAAGCUAAAGUUGAAAAGAUCCAAGUCGAUGAAUCCAAUCCUUGGCUUGCUUCUUCCACAUCCACAUCCACAUCGUAUAAUGACACCCGACAAAAAUCAAGUAAAAUUACCACCGUGAUUGAUGAAAACUCAUCCAAACUUGCUAAGGCAGCCGCCAAAAUAGCCAAGCGUAAACAAAAGCAUCAUAAUGAUACCGAAUCGCUCAUUGAUGUUAACAAUACACUAGCCAUUUCUGAAGUUCAGAAAGGUGAAGAUGAUUCAGAUGAAGGAGAAGAUAUUGAUACUGAUUCAGUACCUACAAUGUUCAAACAAAAAGAAUUAAUUAAAGAGGCAUUUAUUGGCGAUGAUGUAACUAGUGAAUUCCAACAGGAAAAGAAACGUAUGAUUGAAGAUGAAGAUGAUAAAGAGGAAGAUGCAACAUUACCAGGGUGGGGUGAUUGGACUGGAGGAUCUACUAAGGGGAACAAGAAUAAGAAGAGAAAAUUUAUUCGUAAGAUCGAUGGAGUUACUCAACGUGAUAAACGUAAAGAUAAGAAUUUGUCAAACGUCAUUAUAAAUGAAAAGCUAAACAAGAAAAUCCUCAAAUACCAAUCACUGGAUGUACCAUAUCCUUUUGAAACUAGAGAACAAUAUGAACGUUCAUUACGAAUGCCAUUGGGACAAGAAUGGACCAGUCGAGAAACUCAUCAGAAAUUAACCAUGCCUAGGGUCAUUACUAAACAAGGUGUUGUUAUAGAUCCAUUAAAAGCUCCAUUCAAGUAA